AUGGUGGACGAUAAGUUCAAUGCUGUUACAAAAACCAAGUUAAAACAUGGAAAAUCUAAGAGAUCACCAAAUGGGAAAAAUUCAGGUUCACCUCUUAAAACUUCACCUAUUUUAAAACCAAUUAUUAAUGGAGUUGAUCAAUAUCUUCAAGAUUUGAAUGAUUCAAGUUUCAUAUCAGAUUCGAAUAUUUCAACUGGUACAAGAUCAGAAAUAUCAUCAAAUUCAUUUUAUUCAGAUUUUGAAAGAUUAAGUCAAGCUUUUAAUUCAAGAGCUAAGAUUCAUUAUCAAUAUAUGGUUAAAUUAUUACCAAUUUUAAUAAUUUUUUUACCUUAA